GGCGGGGCCAGCGCCGCCAAAGGCACGGGGGCGUUUUCGUGCGGGUUUUGCGGAACGGGCCGUUGCGGUGAAUGCGUGAUUGAGGUCCCGCAGCAAAUAUUUGUUCCCCUUUCCGGGGCCGGAGUGCGCGGCGCGGAGGAGCAGCCGGAGCAGGGUGAUGAGCCAUCAGCCACUGGGGGGCAUCUGUCCUCUCUGCAGCUUCCGCAUCCUGUGAAGCUUAUGGGAUAGAGGUGCACGUGCCCCCUUCCCAAACACUGCAGCCUGGAGUCAUCCGUGCCAAAGCCGAGCGGCGUCGGGGGACCAGAGAUGGGCAGCCCGGGCAGCGAGGUGGGUCUAACCGGGCCGGGGGAGCCGGCCUCGGAGGCUCUGUGUCCUGAGUGUGGCCAGAUCCACCGCAGCUGGGAGAACCACCUCUUCAACUACCGCCUGGAGGUGGACGACGACCUGGUGUGCCACAUCUGCCUGCAGCCGCUGGUGCAGCCGCUGGACACGCCGUGCGGACACACCUUCUGCGCCCGCUGCCUGCGCAGCUUCCUCCAGGAGAGGGACUUCUGCCCGCUGGACAGGACGCGGCUGCAGAUGCAGGCGUGCCGCAGAUCCAGCAUACUGGUGCACAAGCUGCUGGACAAGCUGUCCGUGUCCUGCCCUUUGACCCCCGUCUGCUCUCUCAGCAUGCCAAGAUGCGACCUGGAGGCGCACCUCAAACACAGGUGUCCCGGGACGAGGUGUCAGCAGACCAACAUGGAAGGCCUGCGCUGUGAGAGCGGGGACGAGCGAGCGAUGGUGACCAGCCCCCCCAGGUCGCCCCGCUCCCCACAGACACGGCUGAGGGGCCGCACGCCCUCCCCUCCCCCGCCCGGGCCCACUAACACCCGCGGCAACGGGCCCGCGUGGACGGCCGACGUGGGCCUCGACAACCCCGCCUUUGAGGAGAGCACGGAGGAAGAAGGCGUGGUCGGGUUGGAGUGCGUGGUGCCCAGGGUGAAGCGGCCCCUCAGCAACCCCUGCAUCCACCUCCUCCGCUCCGUCAGCUCCACCUCCUCCGGCUGGGACUGCCCCGAGUCUCCGCCUCUCUCGGCGGAAGAGGGCUGUGUGAAGUUGCCCUCGCUUCCCGAAGGAGAGAUAACGACCAUAGAGGUGCACCGGGCGAACCCGUAUGUCGAGCUGGGCAUCAGCGUCGUCGGUGGAAACGAGACGCCUCUCAUCAACGUCGUGAUUCAGGAAGUGUACAGAGACGGGGUGAUUGCACGAGACGGGAGGCUGCUGGCCGGGGAUCAGAUACUCCAGGUGAACAACGUGGACAUCAGUAAUGUCCCCCACAGCUUGGCCCGCUCCACGCUGGCCCGCCCCUGCACCACUUUGCAGCUGACCGUGCUCCGGGAGCGCCGCUGCUCUUCCCGGGCACCUCCCUCCUCCUCCUCCACCUCCUCCACCCCGGCCGUGCCCCACGCGCCGUGCUCCACCCCCGAGGGCGCCCCGUCCAGCCCGGCCACCCUGAGAAUCACCCUGCACAAGAGGGACACGGCGGAGCAGCUGGGCAUUAAGCUGGUGAGGCGGACGGACGAGUCCGGGGUGUUCGUGUUGGAUCUGUUGGAGGGAGGCCUGGCGGCGAAGGACGGCAAGCUGAGGAGCAACGACCGCGUGCUGGCGGUCAACGACCAGGACCUACGCCACGGCACCCCUGAGCAGGCAGCACAGAUCAUACAGGCGAGUGGCGAGCGAGUCCACCUGCUGAUUGGCCGACCCACCAAACCAACUCCUCCUCCGCCGCCGCCGAAAUCAAGCUCCACCAGAGACCUCUACUGCCUUGAUCACUUCCUGCCUAACCACAGCGCCACCCCGAGCCCUGUGCCAACACACCCCUCCCGCACCAGCACCCACAGAGACCUUUCCCAGUGUGUGACCUGUAAAGAGAAACACAUCACUGUGAAGAAGGAGCCCCUGGAAUCUCUAGGCAUGACCGUGGCGGGAGGGCGGGGCAGCAAGAGCGGCGAGCUGCCCAUCUUCGUGACGAGCGUCCAGCCACACGGCUGCCUGUCGAGGGACGGCCGAAUCAAACGAGGCGACGUCCUGCUGAGCAUCAACGGGCAGGACCUGACGUACCUGAGCCACGGCGAGGCGGUGGGCACCCUGAAGGCCAGCGCCGCCUCGUCCUCGGUGCAGCUGCGGGUGCUGGAGGUCAGCAUGGUGGAGGAGCCCGACCGCGACGAGCUGCUGCCUCACACGCACGACCGCGACUUUGACGCCAACUGGUCCCCGUCGUGGGUCAUGUGGCUGGGCCUCCCCAGCUACCUUCACAGUAGUCAUGAGAUUGUUCUGCGGAGGAGCCACCCGGGCAGCUGGGGCUUCAGCAUCGUUGGGGGUUACGAGGAAAGUCACGGCAACCAGGCGUUCUUUAUCAAGACCAUCGUCCUUGGCACACCUGCAUACUACGACGGCCGCCUCAAGUGCGGCGAUAUGAUCAUGGCAGUCAACAGCCUGUCGACAGCGGGAAUGAGCCACUCGGCGCUGGUGCCCAUGCUGAAGGAGCAGCGCAGCCGGGUGGCGCUCACCGUGGUCUCCUGGCCCGGCAGCCUGGUGUAGCCGGGCUGCGCACGCCGUCCUCCCAGAACGUUCUACAUAUCGGGAACGACCUUGGCCAAAGUGAACUGGUACACGCUGCUGUACAUUGCUCCAUAAAACAGGCUUAAUCCAGGACCAAAAGCAUUCAGAACUGUGGUAAACCCAGCAGGACCAAGCCCGUCCUGUGGGAACUAAUCCACAUCGUGGCACGACGCUCAACGGACUGCACUCAAAAACACACUGCUGUGGUCAUGUGGUCGUCACUCGCGCAGGGAGAAACAGUACUGCAGGCGUGAACAGGCGAUCCGUGCCGGCGGUUGUGGAACGCAGGGCUGUAUUCAGCUGGAUGAGUCGCUGCAGGCAGGAGAUGGAAUAUUAAACUAAAUUAAAUUAAGGAGAACGUGAUCCUCGGUCAUCUAGGAUAACGACCCGUAAUCACCCUGGAUUUUCUGUAACAUCAGCGCCGUAUCCAGCUGAAUAAGCCCUCCGGCCGUAUUAGAAACCUGCCACACCCUGUGGGCUUAACUGCCCCGAAGGCCUCAUCACCACGACAACCAGCUGUCCCAUCAGCUGGAGUUUUAUACAUGUGUGUGUGAAUGUGUAUUCUGAUUGUUUAAUAAACAUUUCCUUCCAAGGA